AUGGACCCCAACACCAAACUCCUGCUCAACGAGAUCCACAAGUGCUUCGCGAUGAGCUCCACAAGUGCUUCGAGGAAAGCGACCACAAGUGGAAGCAGCGUUUCCUGGAAGCUGAGCGUCUUCACGGCGACUGAUGGUUUCCACCUGGGUAAACUACCCAAGCUUAACUUCCCUGUGUUUGAAGGAGAGAAUCCUAAAUUAUGGUUGUCUGGGUGUGAGGAUUAUUAUGAGAUGUAUCGUGUCGAUCCCUCAAUUUGGGUCAAAGUUGCUGUUAUGCAGUUCGAGGUGUCUAGUCCCACGGCGCGCUGGGCGUUAUCGGUUGAUAAACAGUUGAAGAGGGUCACAUGGUGCAGGAGCUGUGGGUUCCGCUCCAAGUCCGUGUACGGGUCGGGCCUCUUCCACAUGACAAUGAAGAUCCCUUCCGGGUAUACGGCCGGAGUCGUCACAACCUUCUAUCUUAUUUCACAGCCGGAAAAUGGCGGCCACGACGAAAUCGAUCUUGAGUUCUUGGGCGACAAGGCCGGCAGGCCCGUGACCCUCCAGACCAACCUCAUCAUCGACGGGCAGAGCUACAGGGAGCAGCGGCUGCACCUGUGGUUCGACCCCGCCGCCGACUUCCACGACUACAAAAUCCUCUGGAACGCCUACCAGCUCGUGAUGUUCCUGGACGACACGCCGGUGCGGGUGCUCAGAAACCUGACGGCCACCGUGCCGGGUUACCAGUUCCCGUCGAAGCCGGCGAUGCUGAUCCGCGGGAGCGUGUGGGACGGCUCCGACUGGGCGACGGACGACGGGCGGGCCAAGGUGGACUGGUCCAAGGCGCCCUUCACCGCCGCCUUCCGCGGCUUCGACGUCGACGCGGCCUGCGCCGUCCGCGGCGGCGGCGGCGUGACGCCGUGCAAUGACUCGGCGGCACUGUGGUGGAACGGCGGCGAGUACGAGGUUCUCUCCGGCGCGCAGAGGGCGGCGUACGAGGGCGUCAAGAAGAACAACAUGGUGUACGAUUACUGCACGGACAAGCUCCGGUUCAACAAUCAUGUGCCGCUCGAGUGCAGCUACAAUUGAUCGAGUUGCUACAGUUGGAUCGAAUAAUCUUCAGUGAGUUGCAUGUUAUGUAGUUCAUGUUGGAAGACGGAAGAAGUAAUUAAUAUCUCCACAGAAACGUUGCUAUAUAUGCUACGAAUAUGCAAAGUCGAACUCUUGGGCUUUCUAUGUUUGUCAUGGAAAUAUUGCAAUUUGCAAGUGUGAAAAUGGGAAGGGGCCUCAAAUUUGUGUAAUUUUUA